GUCUUGCUUGUCUUCUUCCAUACAGCUCGUGCUUCAGCGCAGACAGACCCCUUUUGUUCUCAUCCCUCCCGACUUCCGCCAUGCACACCUCCGAAUACGACUAUCUCUUCAAGCUCCUCUUGAUUGGCGACUCCGGUGUCGGCAAAUCAUGUCUGCUGCUGCGUUUUGCCGACGACACGUACACUGAGAGCUACAUCAGUACUAUUGGUGUCGACUUCAAGAUCCGGACUAUUGAGCUUGAGGGCAAGACCGUGAAACUCCAAAUCUGGGACACGGCUGGUCAGGAGCGUUUCCGCACGAUCACCUCGUCAUACUACCGUGGCGCGCACGGCAUCAUCGUUGUAUAUGAUGUUACGGAUAACGACACGUUCACGAAUGUUAAGCAAUGGUUGCAAGAAAUCGACCGCUACGCGUCAGAGGGCGUAAACAAGCUGCUGGUUGGCAAUAAGUCAGAUUUGACAAGCAAGAAGGUUGUGGAGUACAGCGUUGCUAAGGAAUUCGCCGACCAAUUGUCCAUUCCAUUCCUUGAGACAUCGGCUAAGAACGCAACGAAUGUCGAACAGGCGUUCUUGACUAUGGCUAAGCAGAUUAAGGACCGCAUGGGCUCUACUUCCGCCCCGGCAACCGGCAAGUCAUCCACCAUCACACCCGGCCAGAGUGUCCAGCAACAGACCUCCGGAGGCUGUUGCUAAAUUCCCGUCUAUCUGCCCUGUCUACUAGCAUAUGAGUAAUGCCUCUUUCAUCCGGCCCGUAGACGCAGGCAUACUUCUCGGUAUAUUAGGGUACGACGUCUGAUUGCCUCCGCCGCACGCGUCCUGUCUCCACCUACUUACAGCUCUUGCUACUUGUUGGACUCCUCUCGCUCUCUAUCCUUUUCAAUGCAUCUUUUCUGUCUUUUUCUCAUGAUAGACUUUUCGGAAGGGAAGGUUGAGCGGGAUGUGGAUCCUUCUGUCGGGUUCUAGUCCCGCCGGUGCUGACUAUGUGAACGCUUCGACCACGAACUUUGCCAACGGAUCCUGGCGAGCGGUUAUAGUGCUAUCUGUGUGAUAU